UUAGAUACAGGUAGUAAAAAUUACGCAUAGUAUUUUUUGUGAUGAAAUCUACAUCAAUGUGUUUGAGUUUGAUAAAAUAAAAUGAUAAAUUACGUUUCCACGCCUAAAAUUGCUUGUCUGUGGUAACCGAUACAACUGACAAAAAUCAGUUUGACAUUUAGUGUUGAUAACAAACGCUCAAUAUUCGUUGGCUCAAAAGUAUAGAAAAUAAAUAAAUAUUGCUAUGUUUAUAUCUAACCUAUAAGUUUGUGAAACUUAAAAGAGAUACAAUUUCAUUGUGCGCUAAUUAUGAUUAAUCAAGAUACUUCCGUCGCGAUGCAACGUUUUGAAAAUGGCUAUCAGCCAUUUUGUUUUGUUGGUCACGUGGUUUGAAGUUACUAUGACGUGGAUUUGUUUCAUUCUGGAGGUAGUAUAAUGGGUGACAACAAAAAAGUAUUCAUCUCGGACAUCUUGCGAGCUAAUAACAAAUUAAAUAACAAUUUAUAUGACUUGAUACACGUUAUACCAGCAAAGCCGCUACCUGCAGAUAUUUCGAAAACACCUUCAUGUGAUUUUAUUCCCAAGUGUGACAAAUACUAUGUACCUAAGAAAAAACUAAAGCAAAAGGUUAGAACUGUUCGUAAUAUACGUGAACAGUUUGAAACCGAUGUUUACAGUGAUUUGAAUGCGGAGCUGGAUAAACAGAGAAAUGUUCUGCUCCGUAAAAUAAGAAUUGGUUCAGCUAGGGAAGAAGCUACGAAAAAAAUAGCAAAAUCUGUAAUAUGCAAUGAUUUUCCUGUAUCUAAAGAUGUUUGGCAUAUGGUGAUAAACCUUAAUCCUGAAGGCCACACACAUUCUGCUCAGUAUGCUCUUUGGAAUGGCAAAAGUAUUCAAUUAAAUGGCAGUAAGGGUGGAAGACAUAAAUUCAUUUUUAAAUACGAUAUCGGAGAAAGUCGUCACGCUAAGAAACCUCCCACUAAACGAAAUUUUUUUUCUUGUAGAAAACAGCUCCUACAGAGCUCGUUAUUUGUUAAAUUUAAGCCUGGUCCUCUUUCGAAAAAAAAGUUACUGGACUCUUCCUACCAAAAGUUUCAAUAUGGUAACGUAAACUUAGUAAGCUUACCGAAACCAGCUUUAGACAUCCAGCCUUCUUAUGGUGGACAGUUAGGACCAGAAAUGACCACAUUUUUAAAUAAAACUUUCAUGAGAAACUCGAAUGGGGGAAUAACUGAAAAGUGGGCUGACUUUUCUGUUUCUGUAUUAGGUAUAAAUAAAAAUGGUUGUCCGAUACAAACCAAUGAAAACAAUACUAUAACAUUUGAUUUACAAUAUCAAUGUUGUCAAAAUAGAAUAUUGAUGAGAAAUUCUACGUUUGAAGGUUAUGAAAAAGGGGAUGUGAUUUCAGUUUUAAAAGCAGAGAGUGAUAUAUCUUCAGAAGUAAAACAUGUAAUGAGGAAAAUUCUAGAUUAUGUCGAAUUUAAUUUAGACGAUGAUAAUCUUGUUAAAACAGAGAAAGAUAUUCUCACAGAUAUUUCAGCCAAUACCCGAGAAAAGGUAAGCUCCGAUAUUUUAUCAAAAGAUAAAUGCAAGCGAAGAUAUGGAGAAUUAGACCGACUUGAUGUAACUAUAAUAAAAAUACCUGGAAUUGAUAAUGGUAGUCCAAAGACGUGUAAUAAAUUAUAUUGUACUUUAGGCUGUAUAUGUGACUCCUUAGAAUUCCCUUGUACCUUAAAAACACACUGUGGUCGCUUGGAGUGCAUGUUUAAAUGUCAAUGUUCGUUUUCUAAAACAUGUGAUGAUUUGCAAUCUUUACAUGAAUUGAUCGACUUGGAUAGUAAGAUGUUUAAUUCCAAACUAGCAAAAGAAGAGCAAAAGUUUCGUCAAACUGUAGUUUUAUCAGGACAAGGUAGUGUUGUCUUGAAUUCCCAAAAAAGGGAUUGGAAAACAUCAAAAAAAUAUGCUGAUUUCUAUAGCAAAAUGUGUUUAAAGGAACGAAAGAUAACGAAAGAGCUACGCGUUGUAACUCGAAAACUUGACUGCAAAAACAUUGAACCUUGGUGUAUGGUUCAUAAUUUGUACAAAUGUUUCUGUAAAGGUAAAUUCACGGAAAAGGCAUUACCCGAAGUUAUGGAAGUCCAAUCAUUAGACGCCGAUAAUAAUGAGGCCGAACAGUCAGAUUUGAUUUCUGAUAAAAUAAGUACAAUUUCUUGUGAAUCCUCUGAUCUAAAAUCUAGAUUAAGAGCGCGAUCAAAGCAAUCUGAAGAAAUAAUAACUGUUAAAGUCCCUCCAACAUCCGAUAGUACUGAAAAGUGCGCAAGGGUAAAGUCUUAUAAAGGUAGGAAAUUUAGCAAUUGUUAUUAUUUGGAAACUAAUAGAAAAAUUUUGGAGAUGGAGAAAAAUGAUCGUAGUUUAUUAAAAAAAUUACUGACUACCAUUUACACGUGUGAUGAAAAAGAAUGUUCUCAAAAAGAAUUGCAUACUCUAGAAGUCGGUCAGCCACCAUCGAGUCUUCGAGAAUUAUUAAAUAAUGUCGUCCAGAAUAAAAUAGAAAGCAGUUCCACGGAAAACAUUGGCGAUUCUCUCAAUAUGUCACAAAAUGCUAUGCAACGAUUGCCUAAUAAAACUAAGUUAGUUGCAUGGUUAGAAGCUAGUUAUAAACAAUACAAAGAACGUACUGACCAAGGUAUUGUAACAAUGUCCCUAGAUCCACCUAAAAUUGGGAAAGUAGCCUUGUAUCCAUGGGAAUUCAUACUAAGCCGAUAUCGCGAACGUAAAAAUUUGUUUUUAAUUACUAAACAAAAGCCGUAUCGUAUACUUAUGGCUGUUAAUACGAAAAAUACGUUUUUUGAAAGUUGCAUAAAUAUUAAUGAUAUUGCUUUAACCGAACUUGAAAAAUAUCCAGUAACAGUGAAAAAUUUGCUAACAAAUGCUACGGAUUUAAAGGACAAUUUCUGUAUAUUGUGUGGACUAUCACAUUGCUGGGAACUGAUUGGGUCGGUAACAAAAGUAAACGAACCCAAGAUAAAUGAGACAGAAUUAACUACAUUCAAUUGUGAUAGUGAUAGUUUAGAUUCCGAUAGGGAAUCAUUUAGUUCCAGUUUUGUAGAAGAAAUCUCUCAAGAAUCUUGUAUAACAGAAAAUGUCAAAAGCUUACAAGAAAAGGAAAUACAAAAUAUUACAAAUGACUCGGAUUUAUCAAAAUGGUUUGUAAUGACUGUUGAAAAUGAUUUUAAUGAAAUACAUUUUUACCAAAAAGGUUUCUAUGUCAAGUAUGAUAGUGUUAUAAAGGCUAUAAAUGUGUCACGACUGUCAGGUAAAACCGUAAGACUCUCAUCUUCACAAAAAUGUGCCAAUUCUCUGACAUGUCCACAAUUUGGAAUUUAUGCCACACCUAAUGAAAAUGAUCUUAAUGUGUUUAUUGGUCCAUACGAGCGACACGAACCCCUUGGUAUAGAAACUAUAAAAACUGAUAUUACAAGAGAUAACUCAAGACAAACCAGAGGCACUUGGAUCAUGGUAAAUACAGUGGAUAAUGUUAGAAUUAUCGAUCAACCACUAGCCUUUUUACCAUCAACCUAUGAAAAAUGCGAUAUGAUUUCAUUAGAAAGUGAAAUGGUAUCUGAAGAAAAGAGCGCUGAGCAAAAAGAACAAAUUACCACUAGUACAUCAGAAACUAUAAAAUCCCUCCUUAAGAAUAAAGAAGACCAGAAAAUCAUUAAAACUGUCAAACCUAUUAAAAUAAAGAAACCGAAUGACUUAUUUAACCUUAUAAAAAUUCACACACAACCAUCCGUCUCACAAGAACCUAAAUCAUCUAUUGAAACAUAUACGAGUCAAAAUCAAGAAAAAAUAGCUGCUUCUAGUAAUUCAAACAAUACUCUAGGAAACUGUGAGCUUGUUAAAAAGAAUACUAAAUCUUAUAAACCAGUUGCUGAAAUCGCUCCUCAAGUAAAGAUUGUAACACCUAGGAAUGAAUCAACUACCUCGUCUACUUUCGAACCAAGUAUGUUUAUAUUAAAGCCAGAAGAGAUUAAUAAGAGGUCGUUACUUGGUCAAAUAACUGCUGAAGCUUGUGAAUUUGAACAAACUCAAGAGUCUAUGGAAAUGGAUAUUGAAAACUUUUUAGCAAAUUCCAGCGUUUGCAAAAUUUCGAAUUCAGAUGUUUUGAUAAUUUCGGACGACGAAGACGUUGAACAGGAUUCAAUCAAAGAUGUUUGGAUACAAUCUACAAAUGUUGAAAACCUAGGAUGGAUUCCUGCAAAACGGAAUAACAAUAACGAUGUGUGCUUUGAGUUUCCUGGCUUUAAAUGUACAGACUUCUAUCCGGAAGAUGAAGCAUUUCGAAAGUUGAACUUGGUGUUUUCUAGAAAAGUUUAUGUACCAAAAAAUUUUCAAAUGCAGUGGGAAGUGGUUGAAAAUCAGAUGGAUCUAAAAUUUAAAAAACAAUUAAAAUCACAAGAUUUGCGACCAGAACUUGUUAUGACAAAACGAGGUUUACGACAUAAACAUGAGUUGAUGGAGAUAUUGAAAUCUAAGAAGAGGUUAUCAGAAACGGCACCUAAAGCAGUAGAAUUCGUAAAGAGGCGAAAAUUAAUUAUGGAACUAGAAGAUGCUACGAGUGCGAUGUUAGAAGAUAAUACUAAAGAACUUUUAAAUAAAACAAUCAGCAAUAAGGGUGUUUUGAUAAAAGCUUUAUCUGGUGCAAAUAAGGACAUGAGGGAGGAAAUGUCUGCGAAACUUAAUGCGCUCUUAUCUGAUUCAGACUGAACGUAAAAGCGGCGAGGUUUGUGUGUUAUGACGUAUCUUAACAUGUAAACUAUUGUAGAUUGGGAUUGAUAUAUAGUAGUUUGUAUUUGCAAAUAUCUGUAAACUUUUUGUGACUGAUUUUGUUUAAGACUGUUUAUUUUUAAUUCUUGCAAAUGUACACGUCACCGAAAACCUAACAGUAUAUCUCUGUUAUUUAGGUAAUUUUUACAAAUCUAAUGUGUUGUAUUUUAAUUGCAAGUCAGAUUGUUUUCCAUGGGUACCUUUUAAAAUAAUGGACACUACAUGACUAUAAGAUGUGACUAUGAUCUCAAUAUUUCUUUGAAUAUAGUAAAUAUUUAAUUGAGCCUUUGUAUUUUUACUUUAAUUUUUCUUACUAGUAUUAAGACUUUGCAUAAAACAGUAUUGGUGUCCUUUGUUAAUUACGUGUACAUUUUUAUUGUAUUUUUUCAGCAAUUUUUUUAAAUAUAAAAUUUUGUUCAUGUUCCAAAGCUUGACACUGCAAAGUGUUUACGACGAUAAGUUUUCUUAUACUAAAGGUCCGGUUUUAAAAUCCAUUGAAAGCUGUAUAAUUUAAAUUUGUAGAUUUGUACAUAAAUAAUAGAUUUUAUUAUCGAUUCAGUUGUGUGGACUAGUUGAAACUAAAUAUGUUCAUCAGCAAUUUUAUUAUUGAGACUUAACUAACAAUGUAAUUAAUGUGUGGAUAAAUCACAACGCUCCUUUUUAUUUCAUAAUUGCUUUUCAGAAGAUUUGAUUGUGUACCUAUUAGUAAAAUCAAUAAAUAGUUUUGAAUUUUUUUAAGUAGGUAUAACGUCGUCCACGUCCACCUUACCUUAUGUUUUCAAAUAGAUAGAUACGUACUAUAUUAACUAACUAUUACUGAUGUAAUUCACCUUGGAGACAAAAGUUGCUUUCUUUUUAAGGAACCUGGAAGAUAUUUAACUAGAAAGUAACCCUUAUGGUGAAUAAUUAAGUUAGCAUAAGUUUAUUUUAUAUCUUAAGUUUACGAUAUACUAAAAGGAGAAAUAUUAAGUUCAUUGUGUAAGACUUGUCCAAUGUCCAGUGUACAGUUAAUAAAUAUAACAAAAUAAUAUCAAUAUUAUGUUCUGUUGGGUUUAUUGUAGUUUAUAUAUCUUAAAGUUUCCUAUUUUUUCGACUAUACGUAAGGGUAAUAAUAAUUUAUAUGUCGUUACCAGUGAACUUUGCAUGUAUCCCAUAUUGUUCUUAUUUGGAGUUUGCUUAUUAAGUGUACAUUGUAUAAAUAAAAGCUUAAACUUUCUCCAAGUUGUUAAAUUUUGUUAUCUGCCCAACAAAUCUUAUCUGUGAUAAAUAAAAUAAGUUUUCAAUGA